AUGCACGCCAUCAGCAGAGUCCCCAAGCUCCCCCUCCGCAACGCGCUGCGCGCAACUGCUUCUUCGAGCACGCGCGCCGUCCCCCGCCCGUCAAACGUGGUCGCAGUCCGCGCCCUCUCCUCUGCCUCGGCCCAGAGCGACAGAGACACGAUCACCCGCCUCCUCUACUCCAUUGGUACCAAGCGCGAAGUCGAGCGCUACCUCCGCAUCUUCUCCAGCUCCUCAGAUGGCUCGCACCCCGCAAAGUUUGCUGUCAUCAAGGUCGGUGGCGCCGUCCUCGACCAGGUUGAGGAACUCGCGACGAACCUGUCCUUCCUCUACCGUGUUGGCCUCUACCCUGUCGUCCUUCACGGCGCUGGCCCUCAGCUGAACAACAUCAUCGAGAGCGCAGGUGUCAUUCCGGAUUACAUCGACGGCAUUCGGGUCACUGACGCCAAGACCCUGCAAAUUGCGCGCCAGGUGUUCCUCAAUGAAAACUUGAAAUUGGUAGCCGCCCUCGAGAAGCUAGGCACUCGCGCGCGCCCCAUUACCUCAGGCGUCUUCUCUGCCGACUACCUCGACAAGGACAAGUACGGACUCGUUGGCAAGAUCACGAAAGUCGACAAGCGUCCUAUCGAAGCCGCCAUCCGCGCUGGCGCACUCCCUAUCCUCACCAGUUUGGCGGAAUCAGACGCCGGCCAGAUCCUCAAUGUCAACGCAGACAUCGCUGCCGGUGAGCUCGCGAAGGAGCUCGAGCCCAUGAAGAUCGUCUUCCUCAACGACAAGGGCGGCAUGUUCCACGGUAUCACCGGCGAGAAGCUCGAUGUGAUAAACUUGGACCAGGAGUAUGACGACCUCCUGAAGCAGUCGUGGGUGAAGUACGGCACUAAGCUCAAGCUCCGCGAGUUCAAGGAGCUGCUCGACCACCUCCCGCGCACCUCUUCCGUCGCGGUAAUCUCGGUCGAUGCGCUGCAGCGGGAGCUGUUCACCGACAGCGGUGCCGGCACGCUCAUCCGUCGCGGCUACAAGCUCUUCAGGCACAAGACGAUUGACUCGGUCGGCGCGGACCGUCUCCGCCAGGUCAUCCACGACCGCGACCCGGACAUCCUCUCUGGCGAGGAGAGCGUCACGGGUGUCCUGAACAGCCUCAAGGACACCCCCUACACGAUCUACGGUGACGAGCCGCUCGACGUCGUCGCGAUCGUCGCGCACCCCGAGGGCGAAGUACCCAUCCUCACCAAGCUCCUUGCCUCGCGCAACGGUGUCAUGAACGGCAUCGUCGACAACGUCUUCAACGCGAUCAAGAAGGACCACCGUCGCCUCUUCUGGACUGCUCGCGCUGACGACGAGAACCGCGCGUGGCACUUCGAGCGCGCCGACGGCUCCUUUACGCGCGCGGGCAAGAGCCUCUUCUGGUACGGCGUCCAGGACGUCGCCGAGGUCGAGAAGAUCGUCAAGUCCAUCGAGGAGAAGGGCCGCAUCCCGCGCUCCUUCCUCCCCGUCGGACCCUCCGCCCCUCCCCACAAGGCUGCUGCUGCUGCUGCUGCCCCCUCCGGCGGGCGUUCCUACUCCACGAUGGCGCGCCGUCGCGUGCCCGGCUCCUCGCGCGGCUACGCGACCGCCGCACCCUCCACCGAGCAAAAGCGGCUCGCCCUGAUCGGCGCCCGUGGCUUCACCGGCCAAACCCUCACCACGCUCCUAUCCGAGCACCCUUAUCUGAACCUCACGCACGUCUCCUCACGGCAGCUCGCCGGAUACCCCCUGACCACCUACACCAAGGCGCCCGUGACCUUCAGCGACCUCUCGACCGCGGACGUCGAGCGCAUGGAGAAGGACGGCGAGGUCGACGCGUGGGUCAUGGCGCUCCCGAACGGCGUCUGCAAGCCCUUCGUCGACGCAGUCGACCGCGGUGCCGCGGCGCGCACAGGCGGGAAGGGCAGCGUCAUCGUCGACCUGAGCGCGGACUACCGCUUCGAGGACGGGUGGACGUACGGACUUCCGGAACUCUACGGCCGCGACGCCGUCCGCGCCUCUUCGCGCAUCUCGAACCCCGGCUGCUACGCGACCUCCGCGCAGCUGCUCGUCGCGCCCCUCCUCCCGCACCUCGUCCCUGGGGCAUGGCCCACCGUCUUCGGCAUGUCCGGCUACAGCGGCGCGGGCACCGUCACGGGCCCAUCGGACCCCGACGGCCGUCCGACGACCGUGCCCAAGGUGACCCCAGAGAGCCUGCAGGGCGGCAUCCGCCCGUACGCGCUCACGGACCACAUCCACGAGCGUGAGGCGGGGCGCCACCUCUCGCACCUCCUUGGCGCGGACAUGGUGGGCACGGGCAUGAAGCUUGCAUUUGUGCCCUCCGUCGCGCCGUGGUUCAGCGGGAUCCUGAGUGUGCUCUCGAUGCCGCUGAAUGGGCGCCUGACGGCGCGCGAUGUACGUGCGCUGUAUGAGGCACGGUACGCGGGCGAGAAGCUGGUGCGCAUCAAGAACGAAGUGCCGACGCUACCGGACGUCGAGAACCAGCACGGGUGGACUGUCGGCGGCUUCCAGGUACACAGCGAGGGCGACCGCGCUGUCGUUGUAGGCGGACUGGACAACCUGCUGAAGGGCGCGGCGACGCAGUGCCUGCAAAAUCUCAACCUUGCGCUUGGGUACGAUGAGUACGCCGGGAUACCCGUCGUUUGA